UCGACCUUCUAUUUCAUUAUUUGGAGGCGGGAACCAUUAAUUAAGGAAGAAGAGAAGAAGAUUAGAUUGAUUAGAAUAUUCGAAAGUAAAGAGGAGGAAACUAUGGAGGAGAGAAAUUGCGAACGUCGUCCUUUCCAUCUCGCCAGCGUGUUUCCAGGUAUCCAUUUCGAUGUUGAUCUCACUGACCUGCCGACGGAUACUCCCCGUAUUUCCAGACUCGAUAUAUUCUUGCUGGUCUGCUCCAUAAUAAUGCAUGUCGUCGACAUGGGUUUCGAUUAUAACAUCGCCAUUCAAUACUACCUGGGCGGUAAAGUAACGUACUUUGCUUGGACAAUGUUCCUCAUACUCGUUCCUUCUUUCAUCAACGUUGUUAUCAGCAGAAGGAUGCAGCUUCAAGAUAAAGAGACAAGUUCCAGUACAUCAGAUUCAUCAAACGAUUAUAGAACAACGCAUUUGUUGAUUAAAAAUGGACUAUAUUGUACAAUCGCCAUUUUCUUACAACUGGCACCAGUUAUACAUUACUGGGAAACCUUGAAGUGUGCUUUAAAAGCACGUAAAUGCAAGAAAUCUGGAGAUAGAGUUAAUGAAAGGAAAUAUUAUAUAAGGAUGCUCAAAGAGGAUCAAGAUGUUGCCUUGUUGAGAGUAUUUGAAUGUUUCUUGGAAGCUGCACCACAACAAAUCCUACAGCUAACUCUGAUGCUAAAGCAUUACCACAAUGAAAUUAAUUUUGAAUUUGUACAUCAAGUAGCUAGUAUUGUCAGCUCACUUGCAAGCAUGGGUUGGGCAAUGGCCAGUUACCAUCGUAGCAUUCGAUUAGCUCAACAAAAUAAAUUGAAUAUCGGUGUUGUAGGAACUGUGUUACAAUUUCUAUGGCACUUUAGCAUCACAGUGGCAAGAAUCUUAUCUCUCAGUGUUAUUGCGAGCAUCUGGCCUCUAUAUACCUUAUUCGGUUGCUCAAUACAUUGGCUAAUCAUGACUGUAUGGAUUUUGGUCAAUUCCCAUGGGAUAUUAGAGUUUUGUCGGGCUUAUGGUCGCCCACCACAUAUGCUGCCAACAUUGAAAGAACGCAUUUAUUCUAUCUUAUUUGCAACCGUUAUUGGGAUAGUUUAUAUUUUCAUAUAUUUAAAUACCAUAGAUAGCAAUACAUUUUGGAAACAUCUAUGUUUCUAUAUGCUGUGCUUUGUCGAAAAUAUUAUCUCAAUUCUGUUGUGGCGAUAUACCUCUCCUCCUGAAGUUAGGGAGGCUUGGUAUUUUAAUGUAUUUUUUAUUAUUUGUUUCAUCUCCAUUUUGCUAGGAAUUAUAGCAAUAAUAUUGUAUUAUACUAGAUUUCACCCUUCAAAAAAACAACGUACUUCAAAUUCACUUCAAGUUAUGUAACUGCCGAUAUUUUUCUUUUAUUCGAAGGAGAUUAAAUCAUAAUCAAUUUUAUUAUAGCUUAUUUACAAAGUAUCUUUUGAUACACAUUAUGUAUCUCAAAAGAAAAAGAUCUCAGUA